AUGAAAUGAGAGCAUGACCAGCAAACACAGGCACGAGCACCACCCCUAUGAUUAUACAGUUCUUUAUCAUUUCUUUUUACAUAAUCUCUGACAUGAUCGAAGGUCUGCCGUCCGAUAACAAUGCCGAUCUAAGCUUUUGACAAGCCGCUUGUUCUGGUCAUUUGUUGUGCCAACGCUUAAUGGAUACGUCCAGAUCAGUGAUGAGGACUUGCGGUAUGCGGCCUAUCCACUCUCACACUGGCUGAGUGCUGAAAACUUAAUGUGGGUCGCUCUGCGGAUCCCACUACAGCUCCUGCCAUGGGGAAUACCGCCACCAAGUUUCGUAAAGCACUUAUCAGUGGAGACGAAUUCCUGGCUUGCCAGCUUUAUGAGAGCAACCCCCAAUUUAAAGAGGCUCUGGAGCCCAACGCAUCUUAUGGGGAGCCCUAUCAACACAACACACCCCUGCAUUACGCCUCACGCCAUGCCAUGACACGCCUCAUCAGGUCUUUCCUUUUCUCCAAAGAUGGCAACCCCAACAAGUGCAACGUUCACAAUGAGACUGCGUUGCACCUGCUGUGCAUGGGCCCGCAGAUCCUGCUGAGUGAGGGGGCGCUGCAGCCGCGGAUCAGCCGCCCCCAGGAGGAUGAACAGAAGCGGGCUGAGUGCCUCCAGAUGAUCCUGCAGUGGACCGGAGCCAAGCUGGACCAGGGCGAGUAUGAGAGAGCCAAUGUCAGUGCCACCGACAACAAAAAGAGCACCUGCCUGCACUACGCGGCAGCGGCUGGCAUGAAGAACUGUGUUGAGUUGUUAGUGAAGAACAAUGCAGAUUUGUUCGUGGAGAACAAGGACAGGGAGACGCCGUGUGACUGUGCGGAGAAACAGCAUCACAAGGAGCUGGCGCUCAGUCUGGAGUCUCAGAUGGUUUUCUCUCAGGAUGCUGGAGCUCAGGAGAUAGAAGCAGAGUAUGCCGCCCUUGACCGACGAGAGCCAUAUGAGGGAUUGAAACUGCAAGACCUGCGUCGGCUGAAAGACAUGUUGAUAGUGGAGACGGCGGAUAUGCUGCAGGCUCCUCUCUUCACGGCUGAGGCCCUGCUGCGAGCUCACGACUGGGACAGGGAAAAACUUCUAGAAGACUGGAUGUCUAAUGCGGAGGACUGCUGCCAGCGCUCAGGUGUUCAGAUGCCAACUCCCCCACCGAGUGGCUACAAUGCUUGGGACACUCUGCCUUCUCCUAGAACCCCGAGAACAACUCGCUCCUCUGUCACCUCCCCUGAUGAGAUCAGCCUGUCUCCUACUGAUGGCCUUGCCCUGUGUGGGAUUUGCAUGGGAAACAUAUCUGUGUUUGAGGACCCUGUGGAUAUGUCGUGUGGGCACGAGUUCUGCAGGGCAUGCUGGGAAGGGUUUUUGAAUCUGAAGAUCCAAGAAGGGGAAGCACAUAACAUCUUUUGCCCUGCUUACGACUGCUUCCAGCUGGUUCCUGUGGAGGUCAUUGAAAGUGUUGUCUCCAGAGAGAUGGAUAAGCGCUACCUGCAGUUUGACAUUAAGGCUUUUGUGGAUAAUAAUCCUGCCAUUCGCUGGUGCCCCAUAGCCAGAUGUGAAAGAGCCGUACGACUGACUAGGCCAGGCCCUGGAGCCUCUGACCCUCGGAGCUUCCCCUUGCUCAAAGCCCCCGCUGUAGACUGUGGCAAAGGCCAUCUCUUCUGCUGGGAGUGUCUUGGUGAUGCUCAUGAACCUUGUGACUGUGAGACAUGGAAGAUGUGGCUGCAGAAAGUGUCUGAAAUGAAGCCUGAAGAAUUGGCUGGUGUGAGUGAAGCCUAUGAAGAUGCUGCCAACUGCCUGUGGCUACUCACCAACUCUAAACCUUGUGCCAACUGCAAAUCCCCCAUCCAGAAAAAUGAAGGCUGCAAUCACAUGCAGUGCGCGAAGUGCAAGUAUGAUUUCUGCUGGAUUUGUCUUGAGGAAUGGAAGAAACACAGCUCCUCUACCGGAGGAUACUAUCGCUGCACGCGCUACGAGGUCAUCCAACAGGUGGAGGAACAGUCCAAGGAGAUGACUGUGGAGGCAGAAAAACAGCACAAGAGUUUUCAGGAACUUGACCGUUUUAUGCAUUAUUAUACACGAUACAAGAAUCAUGAACACAGUUACCAGUUAGAAGAACGACUCCUGAAAACAGCCAAAGAAAAGAUGGAGCAACUAAGCAAAGCUUUCAUUGGAAGGGAAGGAGCCCCACCUGACACCACUUUCAUUGAGGAUGGUGUGCAUGAACUUCUCAAGACCCGACGCAUCCUUAAGUGCUCUUAUCCGUAUAGUUUCUUCUUGGAGCCCAAAAGCACAAAGAAAGAAAUAUUUGAACUUAUGCAGACUGAUUUAGAGAUGGUCACCGAAGACCUUGCUCAGAAGGUGAACAGGCCUUACCUCCGCACCCCUCGCCAUAAGAUCAUCAGUGCCACGUAUCUGGUGCAGCAGAAGAGACGGGAGUUCUUGGCCUCUGUGGCUCGAGGUGUUGCCCCAAAUGAUUCUCCCGAGGCUCCCCGCCGCAGUUUUGCUGGUGGGACGUGGGAUUGGGAGUAUCUGGGAUUUGCCUCUCCUGAGAUGGUGAGGAAUCACCCAGUACGGGGAUCAAAUGCACAGCGUGAGAGCAAUUACAAUGCAGGAGGCCAGCCGCAGGAAUACUCAGAUUUUCAGUACAGACGGAGACACAGGCAGAGGCGUAGAGGAGACCUUCUUAGACUGCACAGCCUCCGCAGUAACACCCCUGAACCACAUGACUCCAAUGACAACACUUUAGAAACACAUGAGGGAGGCAAUACACCAAGGCAUGGGAUCUCCACGGCACUUGGGUCUCUGGAUGAAGAUGACCCCAAUAUUUUGUUGGCUAUUCAGCUGUCCCUACAGGAGUCCGGGCUGGCCUUGGACCCCGAGCCUCAGGAUGUGCUCAGUAACGAUGCCUCUGUAGGUGCCAGUGGUUCCUCUCUGCCCUCUAGACUGGAUUCUGCGCACCAUACUGCGGAUCCCCCCCGAGCUUCCAUGAGCAGCUCUGAGCUUCUGGAGCUGGGAGACAGCCUUAUGAGACUGGGCAACAUUACCAGCCACUAUACACCCUUUAACAUGAGUUCCUACCCUGAUGCCUUGGGUAACGCCUUCACCCCUAGUGACCCAGACUGCCUGGACCCUUCCACCAAUGCCAACCUGCUUGGCAACAUUAUGGCCUGGUUCCACGAUAUGAAUCCACAGAGCAUUGCACUGAUUCCCUCAGCCGCCGCAGAUGCCAGUCCCGAGCUACCCGUUUUUGGAGAGGGACAAUCUGCCAAAGCCCAGGACGAGGAGAAUGAGGUGGGGAGUCCUGAGCAGGGUUCCCUAUCGCUAAUGAAAGAGAGCGCAGACGUGUUGGCAUCGCAGCUUUUGGAGCUAGAAUGUGUGGAUGAUGCACAACCUCCUAAAGCAGAGCCAGACUUGGAGGGUUCGAGUGGCAGUGUAGAUCUCACUAGCGCAGUUUGUCCGGAGAGCAGUACUGAUCGGGAUCCGCAGGUAACCGACCUCUCCUUAGAGUGGGAGGAAGAAGUGCACCUAGUGUGAGGAAAAAUCUAAUUAUGUUUACCAACUGAGUGCUCUUAUCGUGCCAAAACACUAAAUAAAAGCAGAAUUGCUUGUUCAGAAAUGGAGAAGAGUGAACCAGGUGAAUUGGGGUUAGACGGGACUUGUCUUAGUUGUGUGUUGCACCGCGUCUGGUGGAAGAAACAAGAAAUUGUGGUCAGAUUCAAGCUUAUGAAAGUAGAUGAGAGAAGAGUGGGUCUCAUUCACUAACCGUAUUUGUGUGUAUGAAUGUUUUUGCACAGAAAUCAUAAUUCACUAAUAUCUUAGCACUUCGAUUUUUUUCUACAUUUAACAUAAAAUUUAGAACCAACUAAAACUUUAUGUAUGUAUGUAUGUAAAAAUCAGUCCUGGUGGCCUUAGAAACAUGAAAUGGUUUAAGCUGAAAAGUUUAUACGGACUUGGAAAUUUGAACAGCUGAGUGACCCAAAAAUGAUUUAGCAUUGAAAAAAUGACACAUUUUAGAUCUGCAUAAAAAUGUGUUGUUAGGCCUAUAUAAAAGGUCUUUAUUUUGUAUUUAAAAGCCAUUAUAUGGAGAUGGUUAGGGCACUAAUUAUGCUGAUUGCUAACUUUAGGGACAUUUAUGUAGAAUAAUCUGGAUUCAUUAACAUUAGAAAGAUAGUAAGAGCAAGUUUACAUGCCUACCUGUUGAGAGUAAUCAGGUGGAAAUGUUGUGUAAGAACCAUUUCUGUGCACAUAAGAACACGGUUAUAAGUGAAUGUUGCAAAGUAUUAAACUCACAUUGAAAUGGAAGUAGCGACAGGUAUUUUAUUCCAUAUUGUGGUGUACAUCUGAGUGAAAUGGAUAUUUGGAAAAGAAAAAAAAUGUUAGGUGGUGCCUUGGUUUUAUCCACUGCUGUGUUGAUUGCAGUCGAUUGUAAGAAAGAGGCGGAGUUUAUGCACUCUAAAUGAUUGGAGAAAUGAACAUACAUCAUCAUAGGGAAGUCUGUCAUUUUCAGGUUUUCGUUUAAAGCCAAGCAAGGCCACUUUGGCCAUUUCUAGAAAUCUUGCUGUGGGUGCCAUGAGAGAAAGCUCCAUCUGUAUUAGAUUGGAAAGUCAUUUUUUUCUUUUAAGUUCAAAUGAAUGGAAAUGAAAGGGAUGAAUUUUUGACAGUUUUAUCUUUCUGAAAAGAAAAAGGAAUGUUUACGUGCAGAAGAAAAUACAUGAAAGCAUCAAUCCAAUGUUUCUUGGCUCUUACAGUGACAGUGAAACAGUGUGAAGCCACCAUUAAGACCUGAACUUUUUGCCCUGUUUUGUUUUUAAUUCUACAGUUCUCCUAUUUAGCAAUGCCAAUUUAUUGCUUUAUUUAAAAACACUAAUGUUAUUUUUAUUUAAUUUAAGUCACAUUUAAUGCAAGUGCAGAUUGCACAAUGCACAUUUCAUGUUAAAAAUAAGGAGUGUUUUGAAAUCUUCAAACUGUUUGUUCUUCAACAUAUUGUCCUGCAGAAGACCUUGUUCGCUUCCAAAAGGUUACACUUCAUGUAAAUUUACACUCCUGAAAAUGUGAGGGCAUUUAUUACCUUAUCUAUUGUGACUACUACACACAAUACCUCUGAUUAUCCUGUGUUGUGUAUUUCAUUUGGCCUCAUGAAUAACGCAUAUAUAUGCAUAAAGACACUUCACAGGUUUUCUGAAGCAAUAGAGACAUAACAACAGUGCUUUUCCUUUUUCGUUUGUGUGCCGAACUAUGUAUAUGUCAUAUUACAUAGAAAGUCAUUCUCUUUAACAACAAAAACAGUUAUUUUGUCUCAUUUUAUGUACGGCAUAUGAGGCCAAAUUAAUCAUCUGUUUACCAAUUAUCAAACCUUUGCAGAAGGCCAAUCACAUCCCUCACUGACAAAACAUACUGUGCAGUAACCAAGAGGCUUUUCAAGGAAUUUUCUAGGUUAAAUACAAUUUAAGAUUUAUAGACCGCAUCUGUGUUAUGCUAUCGGUUACCACAUCAUCGCUUAGUUUGUAAAACAAAAGCAAUGUCUUUAAAAUGUAACUCCAACACUGUUGAUAGAUCUUAAAGUGUAUUUAAACCAGAAUAUUUCUAUUACUGAUACAUAAUUGUUGGAAGGUUUUAGAUAUGUGGAAGAGAUUUUCCCCCCCCCUUUUUUUUUUCUUUAAUUUACUGUGCUCAUCGGUGUGCCUUGUUCGUACUUUUUCUUAUUUAUAUACAUGUUGCCUAAUUAUGUUAGUGUUUGCUGUGUCAAUCAAAUACAAUCAACCUUACAUAUUCAUGAAUUGCUAAAAAUUCAAUUUCUAUAGUCACUUGCUAAAAAGUAUGUUUCUUUUUUUCAGAUUGAAUAGUUUUUGGUUCAUGUUGACAAAAGCCUCAUGUUUUGUAUUACACUGAACAGGUUGCCAUGUUUUGAUGGUCUUUUAUGACAUUACAGUUAGAAAGGUCUGUGGCCCUAUAGAGAGGUGUCUUUUAUUGACAUUAUUAUGAUAUAAGGGAAAAAGAAAGGCUAGAUGUAGAUUUGUUGAUUAUAGUUGGUGUAUUUAGGUUUGCUGGUUUCUUUUUCUUUUCUUUUUUUCCAGAAAAUUUUACAUUGAAAGUGAUGGCCAGUUUUUACAAAUUUGAUAUUUGAUUAAAUCAUCUUGUGUAGUAACGACCAGUUUUUACAUCCGUUUUUUCCCCCUAACUUAAGUAUUUAUGGUGGUGGUAUUUUAUCUUUCUUUUUUUUUUUUGAGGAAACAUGACCACUAACAAUACAUUGUCAUUUGCACUUUCAUAGACUAUACUUGAUACAUUCCCAGUUUGUAUGAUGUGUAGCCAAUAAACAGAAAGUAUUGGUAAAGGUUUGCUCGGAUUAAAAAGUUUAAAGUGCA